AUGUCAUCAGUUGAAGCAUCCGCAGCACACGAUUUCAGAGGCGUCCGGGAUGACUUAAGGGAGAUGGUCCGUCUCCGUGACUGGGAACAAUUUCAUACACCUCGAAAUUUGAUUUAUGCCUGCUCGAACCUUGCAAGAGGAACAGCAAGAACACCUCAUGUUAGGGUUAGGCACAUUCUCCAGACUUUUGAUUUCUCUAAUCCCCUUUAGCCCUUACCGGAGAAGUGGGUGAGUUAGCAGAAUUGUUUCAAUGGCGUGGAGACGAUCAAGCCAAACCAGGGUUGCCGGAUUUUUCGAAAGAUUAUGACAUGGACAACCAUCUGUGACGCCCUUAAGGCAGUCUGCGCUGAACUCCUAGGGUUCAGCAUUUGAAAAUCGUAGGGGCAUUAGCGUAGUUGUUAAGGAGAUUAAGAACUCCCCCCUACGCCGGUAUCCACGCGGAAAAUACGCCGGUAGGUUUUGACUUAUCGGAACUCGCUGGCAAAAUACGCAGGUAGGUUUUGGUUUAAUGGAACUCGCUCGCACUACAACUUCUUUAUUCUAAUAUGUAAUAACCUAUGGCAGUCUGCACUGAACUUUGUGCGAACUCGCUUGCAAAAUACGCAGGUAGGUUUUGACUUAUCGGAACUCGCUCGCACUACAAAAAAACUUACGAGUGUGAGCGAUCUUCUAAAAGGGAGUGAGC